CUUUAUAUAUUUAUUUAUAAAUAGAGAUUGUUUAACUUCUUGUUUUUUUUCGUUUUCUUACAGAUUAAUUAAAUCACAUGAACGAUCUAAUGGGAGAAACAAGAUUCUCUAGCGAAUCAUCAUCAUCGGCGACGACAGAGAUCGUGUUCUCUGAGACGGAGAUGGCGGCGGCGGAACAGCUUAUGCAGCUAAGCGAAGAAGAAACGGUGAGCUGUAGCAGCAGCACGGGCGGAGAUUUUGGCGGCGGCGGAAGAGAUAAGACGAAGCAUGAUCAUCAAGAUGUAAGCUCGAGGAUCGGGAACGAGCGAAACGACGGCGUACGGGUGGAUUGUAACCUUGGCGUGGAGAGGAAGAGGAAGAUGAAGAAGGUGAUGAAGGAGAAGAAGUUUCGAUCUCUCGAGAGUAUUUACAGAGCCACGAAAGAGAUUAGGGGUUAAUUAAUCGUAGAAACGGAUCGGUGAUGGUUUUAAUUAUCCUUUGUUAAUCGUUGUUUUAAUUAGUAACCUUGUGUAUAUGGUUGUUUUAGUCCUCUUAAUCUAACCUUGGAGCUUGAGAAUCUGUGAUAAUAGUUUUGGUUCUCGUUUGAGAGACGUCAUGCUGUCCUUUUUUUUUUUUUUUGUUGCAAAAUUUUUAGAAUUUUACUUUGCUUUUGAUGAAAAGAAGUGUCGUUAUUGUUGGUAGUACAUUCAAUUUUUUUGUUUUCCUAAUUUUAAUAUUUUUUUGUU